GAGCUUAUCAUACCAAGUGCUUGUAUACGAAUCAGCUUCACACGCCGAAACGAAUCGCGCACAUUUUCAGCUUUGCAACGACUGCAUCGCUUGUUUGCGUGACUAGUACAGACAAGACUUGCUAUAUUGGGAUAAAGUCAUCAUACUACUGUCAUUUUCCAGCGCGCGGUGACGACUUGGCGGCAAUUCGGCGGCCGGCCGCGCUUACAGCGACGCGGCGGGCGAGCGAGGGCCUUUUGCACUUUUAGCAAUCAUGGCCGAUGAUGGAGGCCAGGGAGCGGCGGGCGGGCGUGGAGGCGGGCGGGCGGGGCCCCGCAAGUUCAUGCCCACCAUGCCCGGCCGCCGCAAGAAGGCGGAGGAAGGCGGCGCUGGCGGCGGCGCCUCCGCCGCCGAGGCCGCCGCCAGCGAUGAGGCGUUCAAGGACCUGAUCAAGCAGGCACAGAGCGCGGCGGGCGCGGGGCGGGGGCGCGGCCGCGGCAGGUUCGGGCAGCAGCGCUUCCACGUCACCUUCGGCAGCUUUGGGGAUGACCGCCCGGCGCUGGCGGCAGCAAAGCAGUACCCGCGGAGCGCCGGCGGCGGCGGAGGAGGAGGAGGAGGCGGCGGCGGCGGUGGGGGCGGUGGAGGUGGAGGUGGAGGUGGAGGUGGAGGCGGCGGUGGUGGUGGCGGCGGCGGCGGCGGCCGCAGCGCCGGCACCAAGGCCGAGGACGGCGAGGCUGACGUGGACCUGCCUGAGGGCAAGUACGACAGCGGGCGGCGGCGCAAGCCCCGUGAGGCGGUGCUGGACUACGCGCAGUACUACCCCACCAUACUGCCGCUGCGGCCGCCGGCGCAGGAGGUGGCGGGCGGGGACGAGGGCGACGAGGAGCCGGGCUUCCUGCCCUCGGCGCUGGACCUGGCGGUGAUGCAGGACAUGACUCAGCAGCCUGCUCGCGAGCUGGACCUGUUUGACCCGGCCGUGGAGGACGAGAUGUUCCUCAUGCAGCUGCCCGCGCUGCUGCCGCUGGAGCGAGCGGGGGUGGAGGGGAAGGCGGAGGGGAAGGCGGAGGUGAAAGCGGAGGGCGCCGCGGGGCCGGGGCCGGGCAGCGCCGCGGCGGCCGCGGCGGCACGGAGAGCGACGGCGGCGGCAGGCCGUGGCGGCAAGGAGGCUCCGGGCGCGGGCUGCGACUUCCGCGAGAUGGCCAGCGGCCGCAUUGGCAAACUGCUGGUGUUCAAGAGCGGCAAGGUCAAGAUGCUGGUGGGUGACGUGCUGAUGGACGUGUCCAUGGGACUGCCCAACCAGCACCGACAAGACGUGGUGGCUGUGAACCCGACCUCCGCGGCGUGUGUGCUGCUGGGCAAUGUGCACGAGCGCGUGCUUGUGUCGCCGGACGUGCUGCAGCUCAUGGCCAGGGACCAGGUGCCGGAGUUCCGGCGCGCUCCGGAGCUGCUGCCCGAGCUGACGGCCGAGCACCGCCGCGUGCGGGGGUACAACGUGGACGGGGAGGGCGGGGAGGCGGGCGGCAGCGGCGGGGCGGGGGCGGACGGGGCGGCGGCGGGCGUGGCAGGCGUACGCAUCAAGAGCGAGGUGCCGUGAGGAGGACGAUGCGGAGGCGCGUUAGGAGAUAGGUGGCUUGGGGCGCUGGGUUUGGUGACUGAGUGGGCGUACAAUAGUCUCAACGAGGCGAUUAGGCGGAGCUGUUGACGGUGGUGACUCUGUAAGCCUCGCCAGCCCACUCAGGGGAGCCCACCGCCCCGCAGCUACCGAUAUGCGCCGGCGGCCCAACACUUUUGGCAAGCGGCAACUGGUGAACCGGACAGGACAGAGGACACGGCACAUAUGCAGGCGUGCAGCGGGCAGCACACGUCUCGAACGCUUCAAUAGGACC